AGCAGAAGAGCGAAACAUGGCGACUUCGAACAAUCCGCGGAAAUUCAGCGAGAAAAUCGCUUUACAUAACCAGAAGCAGGCGGAGGAGACGGCGGCGUUUGAAGAAGUGAUGAAAGACCUCAGCAUUACGCGGGCGGCGAGGUUACAGUUGCAGAAGACAAAGUAUUUGCAGCUGGGUCAGAACCGCGGGCAGUACUACGGGGGAUCUCUGCCCAACGUCAAUCAGAUCGGAAACAGCACCGUCGACAUGACUUUUCAGAAUUCAGGGCUCGACGCGAACAGAUCGACGCGACACCACGGGCUGGUGGACAGGGUCUACCGGGACCGGAACCGCAUCACGUCACCGCACCGAAAACCCGCUAUUGACAAACACGGGCGUCAGAUUGACAGCUGUCCAUAUGGCUCAGUGUAUCUGUCGCCGCCACCUGAUACGAGUUGGAGGAGGACGAACUCUGACUCAGCACUACAUCAGAGCACACUAACUCCUGCCCAGCAGGCCUCCUUCACCGGAGGAUCACAGGAGCUCCAGCCAAAACGAGUUCUCCUACUCAGCGUACCAGGGUCUGAAGCAAUCAAACAAGAGGUUGAUGAAGAUGGACAAAAACAGAACUGGGAAUGCAAAAAGAACAUUUCAAGAUCCAAGCCCUGCAAAGUUCCCGGGAUCCACAUAUUCCCGUCCUCGGACCAGCAGUUGACCACUUCACUCAAACCAGCAGCGCACAACACUGGCGGUUCUCUUCCUGACCUGACCAACAUCCAGUUCCCUCCUCCGCUGCCCACCCCGCUCGACUCGGACGACGCGACCGCCGCUUCGUUCGGCUCCUCGAACAGCACACAGGCUCUGGGUAACACGCAAGGAGUGAACAACUCUCAGCCCACAGUAACCAUGGAAAUACAGCUUGGGCAGGACAACAUGGUUCCUCUCAUCCUGAAUGCGGGAGACUCCCACCAGCACCAGAACCUGCAGCUCUCCCCAACAUCUCCACCUCUAACUCUCUCUCAGGAGUGGUCCCUCACCUCAUCGCAGGCGGCCAUCAAUGCCAUGAACCUAGAGCAGCAGCUGUCCCAGUAUGCCUUCUUCAGCCAGCAGCCGUCGUCCCAGAACCACCAGAACCAGCAACAUACAGGUCUGGUCCAGCUGCCGACCUCCAUGACCCCCUGCUCCACGUCAGACAACCAGACGUCCUCGCAAACCAACAUGACCGUGGACAUGAACACGGCCUCCUCCCUCCAACAGUACCGCAGUAGGGUCGGGUCCUCUGCCAAUCAGUCUCCGACCUCUCCCGUCUCCAAUCAAGGCUUCUCACCUGGAGGCUCGCCUCAACAUAACUCCAUACUGGGCAGCGUGUUUGCAGACUUCUACGACCAGCAGCUGCCGUCCAUUCAGGCCAGUGCUCUCUCACAACAGUUGGAGCAGUUCAACAUGAUUGAGACCCCCAUCAGCUCUGACAGCCUGUACAACCAGACCUCCACACUGAACUAUUCCCAGGCGCUCAUGAUGGGUUUGACUGGCCAUUGCAACCUUCAGGACUCGCAGCAGCUGGGCUACAGUAGCCAUGGCAACAUCCCCAACAUCAUUCUCACAGUGAGCGGAGAGUCUCCACCCAGCCUGCCCAAGGACCUGACAGGCUCACUGUCCACAGACGUCAGCUUCGACGUCGACUCCCAGUUCCCCUUGGACGACCUGAAGAUCGACCCGCUGACGCUCGACGGCCUGCACAUGCUCAACGACCCGGACAUGGUCCUCGCUGAUCCCGCCACAGAGGACGCCUUCCGCCUCGACCGGCUGUAACCGACCGCCCGACUCCCUCAUGCACAGGUGUGUGAACUCUCUGGCUGUGGAGAGACGGUCUCCGAGUAGGAGAAGAUGUUGUGAGCGUGCUGCUCCAGAGCAAACAUGUCACACCAAGCAACCCAAUCAAACCCCCCCAAAAAAACAAGAGCUUUUAAAAAGAAACAUCAGUGUAGGAAAACACAUUGAAAUGUUUUUGAAGACUGCUGCCAGCUUCCCAUUUACCCACACGACGACAUGCGAUCUGGUAAAAUCAUCCUCAUGGUUAUGUGACGACGUUUUGCAAACUAUACAUCAAGCUUCAUCAGAAUAAAUUGGAUGAGGGCCCGAAACAGCCUGGUGACUUACUGCCCGUCAACGACUGACUCAACUAUGUCUGCAGAGCGAACCCUUGACAAAUUAGAGAAUACCCACCACACGUCCGUUAACACGGAGUAGCUAGAUGACUCAGAGGAAACACCUGUCGAGUUUAACCUCCCUCCGUGCCAAGCUGUAAUUGAAGCCCCGAUGAGGCGAUGAGUCAUUACGUUAUUUUUAGGAAAUGCUGAAUUUGAAUUUUACCAUAGUAAAUAGCAGUCAUCAGUUAUGCAUGAAAUCACAAAUCACUGUGCAUACUUGUUUUGCCUUAAUAGUUUAGCAUUCUGGUUCUCAUGCUAAGAUGACCAUUAUGUAAAUGAGGGAAAAAGAAAAAAAAACAAACAUGUCAAUGAAGUAAUUUUUACUGUUAUAACAGGUGGUUUGGCCUACAUGCUAGUAUUGUCACUACCAUAUCAUUUUGUUUUUUCGUAUUCAUUUAUCAAACCUAAGUGGAUAAAUGAGGUCUUUGUUAUGAAACAGAUGUUUACAGGCGCGUUUUGUUUUAUAUUUUACAUGUACAGAAUGUGAUUAGAUUUUGCGUAACGGUAUCUAUGCAAAACUACAGCGAUCGAUUUAGGACUGUAAAACGAAACAAACACAACAAACCCUGAUUGAGAGGAGGCCGACGUGCGGGAUUCUCGCGGACUGCGCAAGUGGUGGUGCCAUGUUACUUUUUCGCAUCUUUCAGACGAGAUAGACGUCGAGAGAAGGAGGCGCAUAUUGAGCGUGUCGUGCCGUAGAAAAUCUCCUGGAUUACUCCCAAAGAUGUGACCUCGUCGUAGUUGAGAUAUAUAUAUUUUUCCAGACAGUUGAACUGCCUCUACACUAGAACAGCAUUGUCGAUGCAAUGAGAAUGUAUUUUAAGUCACAUCUGUACAGCUGUCUCGUUGCCAUUGUGUCAUCCUCAUUGCCUCUCAUAUUUAGCCUUCGCGUCCUGUAGGACCAAAUAUCUUUCACCUGGCAACUCUCCUCCCCGCAGAGCAGAUGCGACGCGACGUUUUGAGUUUUAUAUUCGACUCCGUUCCCCCGACGCUACGGUCGCACUGAUUAGUUGUUUUCCCCGUCGCGCUCGUGUUGUCUGCGCCCUCUUUUCGGUUCGCUCCUUCUCUUUUAUUUCGCGUUCGUACGCCGCCGCGCUGUCGCUCUGUGAAAUCCGUGUGUGUCAGUAACGUAUCCUCUGAAUCCACUCACAUUUGAAUCCAAUUAGUCAUUGUUGCACUUUAUGCAUUUAUUUAAAACACUGACUUAUGAGAGUUUAUAAACCCAACACCACCCGCCUGUGACUGUUACGUGCACUGGACCUGUUUGCCCUGUCUUUCAUUGAAAUUGCCUUCUUGUUAAAGAAAAACGAGAGAAAUAUAUAUAUAAAAAAAAUAUAUAAAAUUAUGGUUAUUUUUUAAAAACUUAUAUUCAGAUUAUCUAUUUCAGAGAGCAGAGUUUGUACUUAAUCGGUGAGCGUCUCGUCAACUGACGAGACGUAUUCGUCCUAAGUUUUGGGACAGUGGUGGUCGGUAGGUUUGAGUAAAAGUAACUAAGUAGGAAAAUAGUUCGAAUUAACCACUAAUUAGCAAAAUAGUUACUACAAUACUACAAUAGUGGUAUUUCUCAGAUGAGUGCAUUUCAUAUCUGAAGAACGUAUUCAGUUAUGUGCCAGAUGGGAUCAAUCAACCCCUGAAAGGUCAGUUACAGAAUACAGGUUGUAAUGCAGUGCAGGUUAAAAGCUGAUACUAAAAUGCUCUUGAAAUAAGAGCGAAGACUUUUCUAGGACACUAUAUAGCCACGUUCCAUCAAUAUCCCACACUACUUUUUCUUUAGCUACAGCGUUGUGUCUGUUGGUGUCAAGGUCCUCCUGCUCCAGCAUAUUUCACCUGUAUCCUCGCACAAUGUUAGACAAAAGUUUUCUGACGACACAGUGAAAUUAAGUUGUUAAGCUUGAAAAUGUAAUGUUCCUUUAAAAAAAAAAAAAGAAAAGAAAAGAAAAAAACUCUAAUGUUUUAGAUGCAUCGUGUUGGAUGCGGUGUUGUUAUUUCUGUUUUAAUGAUUCUGUGACUGCAUGAAUCUCCGGACACGUCUCCCCUUUUAUGGCUUGCUUUCUACUUCCUUUAAAGGGGCCCGGCUUUUUUGUGUGUGUUUUUUUUGUUUUGUUUUGUUUUGGGUUUUUUUUUCGUCUGAGCAUUUUGUUAUCUUGUUAACUAAAAUCGUCCUUUGUCUCUUUUUAACUCAGCGUCAUGUGUAGGCUACGUAUCUGCUAAGUGAAGCCUGAAAGCAUUGGAUAUAUGAUAACCAGCCUUGCACAUGUACGAGCUGUUGUUUGGUACUAUGUUUUAUACCGCAAUAUUACAGUAUGUGCUUAUUUUCUGUGCGACACCCACACACAGUUGAAAUAUGUCAUGGUAAAUCUAUAGACUAGCUUUGUAUAUUGCUAUAUGGUAGCAACGAUGUUUUUCAUGCUUUAUGUGAUAUGAUGUCAAAGUGAGAAAAAUGCACUGAGAAAUACUGUGCUGCAAUAUGUCUUUGUGGCUCGAUAUUCUCUGCUGGACCUCCAGACUUUCUGAUGAGCCCGACGUGUUCGCGGGCCCUCUUUCUGUUUUGGUAACCGUUUUGAACUUCUUUUCUGUGCUCAUGUAGAUAGCUCAGACUGACGUGUCACCUGUUACUGCCACCUUUUUAUGCAUCGACGUUCAGGUAUCCAUUGGUAGUCUGCCGGUGUUUACAGACCAGUGUUUACAACAGAGCAAUGUUUGUUUCUCUCUAUCGAAAAAUGUUUCAGCUUAGUGGAAUAUCUGGAAUAGCGGACUACGUAUGUACGAACCUCUCGCAGUGUAGAUUAUGAGAACAGUGAAUCGGUUAUGGAAUUAUUAUAAAAUGCUAUAUUAUGUUUUAUGGGGUUUUGAAGUUAAAGAUUAUAUUUCUUUUGGACCUCAACUAUAUGCAUUUCAAGGCCCUGAAAGCACUUUUCUAUUUAAUUUACAGGCUUUUAUUCUGCAAAAUCCCCUUCCAGUGUACUGUGCCAUGAGCAGCUGUAGUACAUGCCAGAGGGUUUUGUUUUAAGAUGAUAGGUACUGUUUAGAUUUUACUGGAUUUGUACUAAAUCCGUCUUCAGCACUGUACCUUGUCCCUCUUUUCUUUUUCUUUAAGUGUUAAAUCAGUAGUUGAACCAAAGUUCAAAACAGCCAUACGCGACACAAUGCAGAGACAUUUUAUCCUUCUAACUGCUGAAACGCUUCCUCAAAAUAUUCCAUUUUAUUUUGCUGUUUAACGCCCAAACUGCGAAACCUAUCAACACGUUGUUUACAUGGAACCUAAUUACUGAUAUUCUUGCAGAAUAACUUUAAACUUGGAAGAGAUGACUGAUAUUUCCUGUCCAGUGCAUGGGGAAUCUCCUUUCUGCAUGGUAGUGAAUUUCAAAAAUAUCUUGACAUACUGUAUUUUACUUUAUAUUGAGUAUUUACUUUGGCUUAUGUUUUAUAAAUUUGCUGUAAAACACUAUUUUGUAGUGAAAAUAUCAAUAUACAUUUUUCUCUGAGAAAUAACGUAGACUAAGAAAUAGCAGAAACACACUCUGUAUAUAUACAUAGAGAGAGAGAUAUAUACAGAUUAAUUUUGUUCAAGCUCAAUCAGGAGGAUAGAACGGAGUCAUAGUCACGUAUGAUCACCCACAGCUAUGAAUCCUUUGUGUGCAUUUUUGAGGACAGUUCAGUGCUGGUUCAAGCCUCAUACAAUGGCAGCUAAAAUGUUAUACAAUGUAUUUUGUUUCUGAGUACGGUGAUACUAUUCCAAACACUGCAAAUGCAUUUAAUUGCCGUGAAGAGGGGUGCGCUCUGCUCCUGUGGUGUACUCACGGCAACAGGAAACAUCAUGCUCAUACAGUAUAAUAUGCAAAAUCUAGCAUUCUGCAGCACAGCUUGGCAAGUUUUUUGAGCUAACCCUUUAAAGAUGACUUGUUCAAACCUUCUUCAAAAUUGUGCGUUUUUCUAUUCUAACUGUUAAAUCGGACCAAAAGAAUCCAAGUUGGCUGUAAAUGUGUGCUGUAUUGAAGAUGAAAUACACUUCUGUUUGAACUGUACCUGAUGUAUUUUUCUUGUGUGAAGGCUUCUGUCUUUGUAUCUUUGCAUUAUUAUUUGUAAAUGAAAUGAAAAUAAAUAUAUCUGAAGAAGCAAA